UAGAUUAAUAAAGAUCACGGAGAUUCAGAACAUUACGUUGGUAUUGAAGUUGAACUUUAUUUUAAAAUAAGUACUUUUACAGUUUUAACAACAAAUGGGUGAAGACAAAAAUCUCAAAAAUACACGUUCUGUAAAAUAUCGUCGAUGGCAUUGUAAGAUUUGUGAUAUAUUUACUAAUUCACAUAAUCAGUUCAAUCAACAUCUGGAGGGAGUUGGGCAUCGGCAUAAAAUAAUGACAAAAAACAAUAAAACGACGAACAAUAUUAAGGUGGAUGAAGAGAAAUGCAACAAUCAAUUUUACGUUCUAGCUUUUGUACAAGUGAUUAUAAUUUCGUUUAUAAUGUUUUAUGCUAUUAUUAAAAUUUGUAAUUAAUAUAAAGAGAUAAAAAUUAACAUAAGUAGUGAGUUAUAACGAUGCCUUAAAUUUCGCGCCACAAUUUUAAUUGGCGGAGAAGUCGUCCCCAAGCGUUCACGGCUUCUAUGCGCACGAACGAACGCGCAGAACAAUGAGGUAGCAGCCAUUUUAUGUCGGUGCCUAAGAAAAACAUAAUUCGAAUGGCCAAUCUUAACAAAAUUGUGUAAUUAGUGCUCUAAUUUAUGUGUUUCUGCACACGCAACUAUUAUUAGGUGUUUCUUUACUUAUCAGGUUGUGGUUGAUGAUGGGGGUGCAAGAAGCAGUUCGCCAUUAGUUUCCCGGCACACUGGGGCGUGGGCGUCGGGGGUGUGGCACGGGGCGUGGGGGUCCCCGUGCCACCCCCCGGCGACCUACUCGCCACGAUAUCCAUGUUCGAACAGCAGAUUAAGGCUGAGCCUAUGAGUUUCUACACACAUCCACAUAUAAAUACUGGUCCCCCAACAAUAGUCCGUUCAGAUUCAAACCAUGGUAUCAUAAAUAUGAACCAACACCACCCACAAGAAGAUUCGAAGGAUAGCCUCAUAGUACAACAACAAGUACAACACCAACAGGAGCUGCUGGAACAGCACCAACAACAUGAAAUGCAUGAUGAUGAUGUAGACAAUCUAAGCUUCAAAGGUAUGGAAGAUGAAGGGGUUGAAAUGGAUAUGGAUGGUCGACAAUGUUCUCAGGGUAUGGGGGUUGAUAUGGGGUCGGUUCAAACAAAAAUGGAAGUUUCAAAUGGAGGUCAAGGAAUGCCAAGGUCCAAACCUCAGGCCUGUAAGGUUUGUGGAAAAGUACUUUCAUCGGCUUCAUCCUACUAUGUCCACAUGAAGCUACAUUCAGGAAAUAAACCCUUCCAAUGCACGGUGUGCGACGCGGCGUUCUGUCGCAAGCCGUACCUGGAGGUGCACAUGCGCACGCACACCGGCGAGCGCCCCUUCCAGUGCGACCUCUGCCUCAAGCGCUUCACGCAGAAAUCCAGCCUCAACACGCACAAGCGCGUGCACACCGAUGAGCACAUGCGAGCCUUGAUGGUGAAGGACCGGCCCUACAAGUGUGAGCUCUGUCAGAUGCGCUUCACGCAGAGCUCCAGCCUCAACAGACACAAGAAAAUACAUACGGAGGAGCACAGACGAGCCCUGUUAGAGAAAGUGCGGCCGUACCAGUGCCACAUCUGUUUUAUGCGCUUCACUCAGAAGUCCAGCCUGGGCCGACACGGAAAAAUACACACCGAGGAGCACAUCCAAUCGCUGAUCAACAAAGUGCGCCCCUAUCAAUGCGACAUCUGUGACAAGCGGUUCACUCAGAAGUCCAGCCUUGGCACUCAUAAACGUAUACACACCGGCGAGCGGCCCUUCCAGUGCACCGUCUGCCUCAAGUCCUUCACGCAGAAGUGCGCGCUCAAUUUGCACGAAAAGAUACAUACGGUGCACGGGCGUCCUUACACGUGCGGGCGAUGCCCCGCGGCGUUCGCCCGCCGGCCCUACCUGGACAUUCACAUGCGCACGCAUACAGGCGAGCGGCCCUAUCAGUGCGACGCGUGUCUCAAGCGCUUCACGCAGAAGUCGAGCCUCAAUAUACAUAAACGGACGCACACAGUCCAGGGCAGACCGUUCCAGUGCCUGUCGUGUCCCGCCGCCUUCACCUGCAAGCAAUACCUGGAGAUACACACGCGCACACACACCGGCGAGCGACCCUAUCAAUGCGACAUCUGCCUGAAGCGCUUCACGCAGAAGUCCAGCCUCAACAUCCACAAGCGGACGCACUCAGUGCAGGGCCGGCCCUUCCAGUGUCUGCAGUGCCCGGCCGCCUUCACCUGCAAGCAGUACCUCGAAAUACACAACCGCACGCACACCGGCGAGCGCCCCUACCAGUGCGACGUCUGCCUCAAGAGAUUCGCGCAAAAAUCUACACUCAACAUACACAAAAGAACGCACACAGUGCAAGGGCGGCCGUAUCAAUGCAUGGAGUGUCCGGCGGCGUUCACUUGCAAGCCGUACCUGGAAAUACACAUGCGCACGCACACUGGCGAGCGGCCCUUCGAGUGCGAUGUCUGUUACAAACGCUUCACGCAGAAAUCUACACUCAACAUUCACAAGCGCAUUCAUACCGGGGAACGUCCAUACGCAUGUGAUAUUUGCCAAAAACGAUUUGCAGUGAAGAGUUACGUAACAGCACAUAGAUGGUCGCACGUGGCGGACAAGCCGCUGAACUGCGAGCGGUGCUCGAUGACGUUCACGUCCAAAUCGCAGUUCGCGCUGCACAUUCGCACGCACUCCAGCGGGCCGUGCUACGAGUGCAGCGUCUGCGGACGGACCUUCGUCCGCGACAGCUACCUCAUACGACACCACAAUCGGGUGCAUCGCGAGAACCACAGCAACGUGUCUGCGAAUAGUAUCGGCACUAUCAACAGCGUGGCCACUAACACGAACAACUCCAACAACGGGAACUACGACUCGCCCGGUGUCUGCGAUUUAAGUUUCGUGCCAAUGGUGAACCGCUACAUGACGUCUCAGGGCACACAGGUGUCGAUGCAGGACUCGCAGAGUAAAAUGUCCGCCAUGUCGCCACAGUCCAUCGCCUCAAUUUCGUCCCCGCCGCCGCCGCACACGCCCACGCCGCAGCCCAUGCCCGCGCUGCGCCUCGCCGACUGAUCCGCGCUCUACUCAACUUUUUAUAGCUCUCGAUGGAUCGGCGAGCGGUUCGAGUGCAAUAACUAAAAAGGCAGCCGUCGGAAGCAGCAGCUAGAGGAGAAUGAAACGAGAGCUCGAAAUUGAGAGCCGAGGCUCCUGAUAAUGUCCAGCGUGGACCUAUACACGAGAACAGAUUGUUUAUUUUAUAUUAUUUAUUUAUCCGUUUAAUUUCGUCGGCCGUGACGCGUGCGAUAGGAAGAGAAACCCUCGGGCAGCAAUGGCAGCAGCAGCGGCAGCGAGCGGGACAUCACAGUGGAGUCGAGGAGUAGCAGUAGUCACGUAGCGGUACCGCCUAUCAUAUGCAUUGUGAUUUAUACCCACGACUGUGAUUUAUCUCUACCAUCACACGAUUAUAUUAAUUCGUGGUGGCAAACAUAAAUCGAUACUUAACUCUCAUCGUUAUAGAUCGUAGGCCUAAAUUUAUGAUCUCAUAUUCUAAUUUGCUUAGUGAUAACUUUCGGAAUCGUAUAUGGUUAAUCUCCGACUUUAAAAUUCUAAAUUUUUAACGUUCACUCGCUCAUUAUCCGCGUCUUCAUUAGUCGUAGUGAAAGUAACAAUAUCUUAUUGCGAUGCUUUAACUUAGGAUGUGUCAGUGUAUAUGAAGUUCAAUAAUUUUAUAGAACUGUUACCGUGGAAAUAUGAAGUAUUUUGAUCGGUAAGAAUUUAAGGGACUCUUUAGAUGAUACUUCUCCUAAUUAAUCCAUAAGAAUGCUUUAAUAAUGGUUCAGGUUUCAUAUGAGAAUAAUAAUAUAUACAAGUACAAAAUAAAUCGAGUCGCAGAGUCCUCAGAGGCAAUAAUAAAGCUUCACAAAAUAAAUUUAAUAUGAUGUUUAUUGGAGUAAUCCAGAGAAGUGCCUGUUGCAACAUAAAAUUGGCAAUAUUUUUUAAUCGUAUUUCGUUCAUAAUAAAUAUAUGUUCGGUGUUCAAAAUGUGAUCGUCGCCACAAGUCGAUCGAGUGUGGUCGUAUGGCAAUAAGUGGAACCUAAGGCAGUUGUAUCUCAUGUGCGGUUAGUUAUCGGUACAGAGCGUUUCUUUGUGAAGCUUCUUACUAAAACUUUGUGUGCCUUCUAGCAGAUAGCGACGUUAGGCAAUAUCAAUCAUAACACCAUCGAUAACACUUCAUUUCGUUCACUCGUCUCGACUUUAUUCGCGAUGUAUUCGGUUUGGUAUCUCAUCGUAUUAUUACAAAAUAUUGUUUUUCGUAUAGGAUACGUUUAAGAUCAUUUUAUGAAAAAUAUUUUUGCUGAUGUUUAACAUUGUUCCAUUGCUAUUUUAUUCGAAUAAUAGUGAUAACAUAUAGAUAUAACGCAGUAGUCUUCCAAUACCUUGAGACAGUGUUUUUAGCACGAGGAAAGUGCAAGUAAUGUGUCCGCUGCGGGGGUUCCUUAUGGUUUGCCAUUAUUGAUAUCAAAGAUAGAUUGGUGCCAUUUCUAUGUAAACGAUGUGGUAGCGUAAGUUUAGUUAAGUUUGCAGGUCAGGGUAGAUUGGAAAUAAAAUAUUGUAGAGAAUUCACUUUCUUGUAGUGUGUUAUAUGCCCACUUUUGUCUGAACCGCGAUUUUUACUUCUAACAAUAUAUAAUUGUUUUGUUUUCUGUUUAUAUAUAUAUUUUUAUAUACAUUAUUUUAUUUCCACGGCGUUGUGUCCAUGAGCUGAGGGUCGAAAUUGUAAAUAUUGGUAGGGUUUAUUUAUUCAAAUGGAGUAAUACGAUUCAAAAUUAAUGUAAGAACAUUAUAUGAUUUGUAGAAUCAUUUUUCUUCUACAAUCAUAGAGUAUAUCGAACUGAUGAAAAAAAAAAUGAAAUUAAUCAUAGAAUAUUUAGCGCAGAAGUAUACUUUUGGGUAUUAAAAUCAAAAUUUCCUUGUAGAUAUAAAUAUUAAUAAUAAUAAUAAUAAUAAUAUAUACAUAUGGAUGUUGUUUGAUAGUCCUCAAUAUUUUUUUAUAUUUUGAUAGUUCUGUAUUUGAGACACGAAAAAAUAGGCCAAUAAUUAUUUUAUCAUUUACAUAUGUAUGAUAAAUAUGUAUGUAGACGGUAUUUUAAGAUAAAUUGACAUGACGGAUGCAUUUAGUUUCCCGAGAGAAAUGAAGAAAAAAACGAUUAACAAAAUAUUUCUUGUCUUUAAAUAAAUUCUUUUUUUUAUAAGUUUCUUACCAAGCCAUUGAGAACAGUAUUAUUUAGAGAAACUAGAAGUUUGGUUUAAAGUGUAGAAUAAAUCUUCAAUUACCAGGAUUUAAACACCAUUGAGACAAAAAUACAUUAUUUACCAAUAGUUUGUAGCAACACUGUCGAAUACCAUGUAAUUGGUUUUUAUCAAUGUUGGUACUUAUAUAAUUCAUAGCUAUUAUGAAUGGGAAUAGAAACACCAACAUAGUAAACUAGGUACAUAUAAAAUAUAUAAAUAUAUGUUUAUCGCAUAUCGAAGGCUCGGUGAGAUUUAAUUUCUUUGAGAAAUUAUAUAAUUAGUUAUAUAUUUUUGUUGUUAUCUGUUCAGCCUUUAUAAUUGUUUUCCUUAUUAUAAAUUAUUAAUUCAGUGUCGUUGCGUUAUUCUCACCGAGUCGAGAGAUAGGCAUAGAAACGUCCCUUUUCUGUUACGAAACGAGCUCCCCUUUUACAACCCGUAUUUACGUAUCGACUAGGGCAAGGCGCACGUUUCGUAAACGAUCAGGGUCUAAAAUAAAAACAGAUAAGACGCAUAAAUUACGUUGAGAUCCACUAAAUAGUUUUUAAGGCGAGUCCUAAGUGGGUUUAAAAUUUGUGUGUCUUCUCUGCCCAAACUAUUUUACAUACCGAUGUUAGUUACUAUGUAUACUUAGAGGGUAAUAUUAAACUAUGUAUUUGAUUACGUAACCGUCAGAGUGUUUAUAAGUUAUAUUUCUCUUUCUCUACUUAUAUUUUUUGAACCGUAGAAAAGACUGAAUCACUAAAACGAUCCACAACUUUGAAACAUAAGAAUACUCACGUAAAUUGGCAAAAUUUUAUUAGAUCGUAUAUUUAUUUUUGUUAAAAACAUCGGAGCGGUUGUGGUGUUGGACCAACCAGUUCAUAUUUAAAAUUCAUAACUUCGGUUAAAGAAAGCGUACAUAUCCUUAUCCUGAAUAUAAAUGUAUAGUUGCGUUUUGGAAGCAGAGUCUACUAGUCCCGGCCGCGGUGGAGCGAACACGAACAGCAGUGAGCCUUGUGUAAUCGUUACGUCUAAGCUACAUAAAUAUUUAGUUCUAUCGUAUCGUUAGAUUUACGCGUACUUCCGCUUUGCCAACAUAUUGCGUUGCUUACAAUCAUAAUCAUACGAGAGUACAGCCUAAGGAUUUUAACUUUUUUUUAUAUACUGAGAGCUAUUUCUAAGUCACUGUUUUUUUACAAUUUGUAGUUAUAUAUUAUUACUAACAAAAAUGGCUAAAAGCCGAUCUUGGACACGUUUUGGAGUAUUUUACAUACUUUUAAUUUCGAUUUUAUUAAAAGUCGAAGAACAAAAAUCAUGGCAUGAUUUUUUAUCUGCGGUCAUUUAGUUAUAGCUCUACAGAGUUUUAUUGACCAAUAUUUUUAACUACAACUGUUUUUCUUUUAUUGUUAAAAUUUUUAGGCUAGUUUAUAUUUUAUGAAAUAAGUUAGAUUUGUUAACUGGUGUAUUACAUUGCACGUGAAUAUGAUAUGACCUUUACAGCCUUCUUUGCGUAAACCAUUGUUUUAGUCUGAAUUUAUUGUGAUAAAUUUAUUAUUAUUAUUAGUUUAAUAAGCGGCUGGUAACACUUAAACUCCGACUAGUGAUAAAAGCGAUUAUCCUAUCGGACAACUAAAUGUUGUUACUUUCUAUAUUUUAUAUUGUUAUUUUUUCCUAUUGAUGUAUACGUUUUAUUUAGAUUAUUACAAAUUUUAUUCUAUGCGGACUGACUCUACACGCUACACUAUUACUAGCUAUAUAGCUGAUUUGGGUGUUAUCAUCAACUUAAAUAUAAUUCUUAUUCUAUUUUAUCCUUAAAUAUUGUUUAUCGUUAAUAUUUUGAGAGUAUACAACUUUUCAACUUAAGUAAAGAGGCUGUAAGGGAAAUUAUGUAGUCAGCAUUAUGUAUAUGCUUUAAUGUGAUUUUUUAAAUGUACUCUUUAUUAUAUAAUAGUAUCAUCAAUCAAUAUAAUUAGCGAACUAACAAAGCGAUUUUUAAUUUUUUUAAGUUCAUAGUGAUUUAUAUUGAGAUCAAAAUAAAUACAGAGUUUAUUUAAUUUUAUGGAAAAUAUACAUUGUAAAAUUUUAGUGCUCUUUUUGAAGAGCUCUAUUAAAAAGAAAUCUAUAUGAAUGCAAAAUAACAAGUCACGAUUCUUUUAGAGGUCGCCAUGUAGUCGAGAAAAAUAAACGUGCCAUGAUAUUUGUGGCUAA